AUGGAGCGACAGCAGCAGAGCGGCGAGGCCGACGAGCACCUCCGGGAGCUGUUCCGCACGACGUACGCGCACUUUCUGUCGCAGGGUCUUUCGCCUAACGACGCGGUCGCGCGCGCGCUGGUGGCGAUGCAGCAGCUGUCGACUGAGAAGGCGGACGAUGGCGCGGGUAGGGGAACGACCGAUGGGGUUUCGCUCCGUGACGAUGUGGCGAUGGAAGACGCGUCACGACUGCAUGAACCUGACGUGAACUUGGAGACGGAGACGGAGGACGUUGUCCCUGCUGGCUCGCCUGCUGUGUUACCCACGAGUGUAGGUGAACUCCCGUUAAGUACGAAUUCGGUUGCUGUACCGGUACCACCACGCUCGUUGACGCAUGCGACAUGUAAAGACGGCGAAGAGUUGACUGCAAUGGGUUUGACGUGUAGCACGGGGACGCAGCUGGAGCAGGCGCUGACGCUCGCGACGGACAUGGGCGACUAUCGUGUCGUGAAGAGACUGGUGUAUGAGAUAUUCUCCGAUCCAGAGGUGCUAAGUGCAGCUUUUGUGGAGGAAAAAGCAGGAGUGGAAGAGGACGAGGAGGCACGAGCGCCGUGGUGGCGCGUUGACUGGACGCAGAUGACGCGGGUGUUUGCACUGCUGAAUGUUGCAAUGACGGGCAGCGACCAGGAAGCGGUGCAAAACACGUUUCGGAACGCACUGGAGAUGUUGGUGACACAGCCGUGGAACGUCUGCUCAACGUGGCACACGCCGCGCGCACUGCGUUUUUUUCUCGUGUUGUUUGAACAUCCGUUGAUGUUUGAUCCGAGCUACUUGAACGUCGUGGGUGGAUUGUGUCGACUGUUUUUCUAUUUGCCAGAAGACGCGAAAGCGCUUGUGCGCGUGCAAUGGACGACGUUCUACUCGGCAGAUAGAUUGCAUCGACUUUUGGAUAUAUUGCAGCAGGCAAUCACAGUGUGUCUCUAUGGUUCGCGGAAAAUGGAUCUUGUGUAUGCAGCAUGCGGCGUUCUGGCCCAGCUCCAGAUUGUAAAUCGUGAGCGGGCAGAUAACGGUGAGCCGUUUGCCACGUACGAUGAGUUUUACAAUGAAGCCGUGAAUUCAGAGGUGGAUAUUGUGGAUGAUUACUCGCGUUCGGUCAUCUUUUGGAAGAAACGACAUAGUGCCGCUCAUGCUGCGCGUCGUUUGGAGCGAAGAGAGCUGCGACAUCGUGGACAGCAGAAUGAAGAGGAUACCGAGACUGAGCGCGACCGUGAAGAGCAAGAGCGAGAACAAGAAGAAGAAAGGCAAAACGCUGAGCCCAUGCCGGAGCGCAUGCUCUCGGAAAUGUCGUUUUGCGAUUUUCCAUUCGUGUUGGAUGCAGCUUCGAAGAGUAAAGUGCUGCAAAUCGACUCGGACCUCGAGCAGCGAGCCCGUGCUCAAGAUGCAGUGUACACACGCUCGAUUUCGUUAACUGAGAGUGCUUUGUCACCUUACUUGGUACUAAAAGUGCGGCGUGAAAAUAUUGUGGAAGAUGCAAUGCGGCAGCUGGUGCGUUUAUCGUCAUCAGCAGAGACACUGAAAAAGUCACUGAAGGUCAAGUUUGUCGGCGAAGAAGGCAUCGAUGAAGGUGGUGUGCAAAAAGAGUUUUUCCAGAUACUGAUCCGACAGCUUCUGGAUCCUUCCUACGGCAUGUUUACGUAUGAUGAGGAGACACGUAUGUUAUGGUUCAACAGCGAUUCGCUGGAAGCCACGAUGGAGUUUGAGCUCAUUGGCACCUUGCUGGGUCUCGCCAUCUACAAUGCUGUUAUUCUGGACGUCAACUUUCCCCACAUCGUGUACAAGAAAGUAAUGGGCUGCACGCUUGGGCUAGAGGAUCUAGAGCUAGCAAUGCCUGACCUCGGUCGUGGUUUACGGCAGCUGUUGAACUUCCAGGGUGACGUCGAGGAAGUUUUCCAGCGAAGUUUUGAGUUCUCGCACGAAGUGUUCGGCGAGGUCAAGACGGUGGAGUUGAAGCCAGGAGGUAGUCUGAUUCCAGUGACUAGCGACAAUCGUGAUGAAUACGUUGCGUUGUACGUCGACUAUGUGCUGAACAGGUCGGUUUGUCGUCAGUACGCUGCCUUUCACCACGGCUUUCACCAGGUUUGCAACCAUGAGGUUCUGAGCAUGUUCCGGUGGGAGGAGUUGCAGCUACUUAUUUGUGGUAAUAGCGACCUGGACUUUGAAGCACUGGAGGAAGCUACUCAUUACGAGGAUGGCUUCGCUGCAAACAGCAGGCUUAUUCGGGAUUUCUGGAUCGUCGUGCACGCGCUGCCGCUGGAGGACAAGAAAAAGCUAUUGCGGUUUGCGACAGGCAGUGACCGCGUGCCCAUCAGGGGUCUUUCGACUCUUGUGUUUGUAAUUUCACGCAACGGGCCGGACUCGGAUCGUCUUCCCACAGCUCACACCUGCUACAACCACCUUUUGCUGCCAGAGUACAGCAGUCGCGAGAAGCUCAAAGAUCGUCUGCUGAUAGCAAUCAGUGAGGCCGAAGGCUUCGGGCUGCGAUGA